AUAUUCAUGUCUCCACAGACAGCUGAUCCGUCACCUCUCCCCAUCUCUCCUGCGCAAGCAUAAGCGUGAAGCUUCCUCCUCAUGUCAGCCAACUAAUAUGCGGCCGAUGUCAAGCUCAGCUUCCCCAAGAGGCAUCGCCGCCAUCGUCGGCGUCGGCCCCAGGCUCGGCCGCUCCGUCGCCAGGAAGUUUGCUCAUGAGGGCUACUCCGUCGCCAUUCUCGCCCGGGAUCUCGGUAAACUAUCUUGGUUGGCCGACGAGAUCGCCCGGGAAGCCAAGGCCCAGGUGUUCGCCAUCCGCAUCGACUGCGCGGACCCCAAGUCGGUGCGCGAGGCCUUCGAGGGCGUGCUCUCGCUCGGCUCCGUCGAGGUGCUCGCCUACACGGCAUGCGAGGCGCCCCACGCGACGUGCCAGCCCACGAGAUUCACCGACGUCGCCGUCGAGUCCUUCGUGCGCUCCCUCGCGGAGUCCGCCGUCGGGGCUUUCCACUGCGCCCAGCAGGUGAUUCCCGGGAUGCUGGAGAGGGGUCGAGGCACCAUAAUCUUCACUGGUUCUUCGGCGUCCAUUCGUGGCUUUGCAGGCUACUGUGAACUAAGUUGUGGGAAGUUCGCUCUGAGGGGAUUGGCUCAGUGCCUCGCAAGAGAGUUCCAAUCAUCUGGCAUCCACAUCGCGCAUGUAAUCAUCGAUGGGGUGGUCGGUGCACCAAGAAUCCAUGGAUCAUCAAAAGGAGGGCAAGAGACAGCAUCCCUGGAUCCAGAUGCAGUGGCACAGACCUACUGGCACAUUCACGUCCAAGAGAAGGGCGCAUGGGCGCAGGAGAUGGACCUGAGAGCUUGACUUCGAUUCACUGAGUUGUAUACGUAGCAGCCACUGCCGGAAGGAUUCUAGGAAUCUCUGCAUCAAUCAUUGCUGGGCUGUGGCCAUUGAAUAGGUGUGUGAAGGGGAGAAGAGGGUCGAGCAUAUGGUUGUCAGUGACGAGUCGUGUCUUUUUCGAGUGCACAUGUUUUGUGUUGUGGCUCAUUUGUUGAAUGUGACUCUGAUCUUCUUCGUCUUGUGGUAAUGAUUGUAUUCAGCAUAAUAUUA